GCCCGGCUUCCUCCUUCCGGCGCCGCUACAUCCCUGCACCCCGCCGGCGGCGGCGGGUAGCGGCGCGAAGGCUUGGGGCGGAGCUGGCCUCCGGGACAUCAGGGACGCCCACAGGCCCGGGGAGGCUGGAGCAGAGUGCUGGCAGCCCGGGAGGAGAUCGCGAGCGCCGGCUGCACAGGGGGACAAGAGGAGCCACAGACCUCAAGCAGAACAAGUACAGCAUGAGAAUGUGACACCUCCAACCCCAGGCCUCAGAUGGUCCGUGAUGGAAAAUGUGAACCCACAAGGAAGGAUCAUUGAAUGGCUCCUGCUUGACAACAUGCACCACCAGUGGCUUCUGCUGGCUGCAUGCUUCUGGGUGAUUUUCAUGUUCAUGGUGGCCAGCAAGUUCAUCACGUUGACGUUUAAAGACCCGGACGGGUAUAGUGCCAAACAGGAGUUUGUGUCCCUGACGACCCUGCCGGAACCAGGGAAGCCAAGAGGAGAGAAGCAUUUUCCUGAGGGUACGAAGCCAACUGGGAAGAUGCUUUCAGAAGGCCGCCCUGACCAGCCCCCGGUUUACCUGGAGCGGCUGGAGCUGGUCAGAAACGCCUGCCGGGAAGAGGCCCUGAGGAACCUCUCGCACACUGAGGUCUCUAAGUUCGUCCUCGAUCGAAUAUUUGUCUGUGACAAGCACAAGAUCCUUUUCUGUCAGACCCCCAAAGUGGGCAACACCCAGUGGAAGAAAGUGCUGAUCGUCCUGAACGGAGCGUUUUCUUCCAUUGAAGAGAUCCCCGAAAACGUGGUCCACGACCACGAGAAAAAUGGCCUGCCGCGCCUCUCCUCCUUCAGCAAAAUGGGAAUUCAGAAGCGAUUGAAAACAUACUUCAAGUUCUUUAUUGUGAGAGAUCCCUUCGAAAGACUGAUUUCGGCCUUUAAGGAUAAGUUCGUGCACAAUCCGCGCUUUGAGCCUUGGUACAGGCAUGAGAUCGCCCCUGGCAUUAUCAGGAAGUACCGGAAGGACCGAACAGAGACCCGGGGGAUCCAGUUUGAAGAUUUUGUGCGCUACCUGGGUGACCCAAACCACAGAUGGUUAGACCUUCAGUUUGGGGACCAUAUCAUCCACUGGGUGACCUAUGUAGAACUCUGUGCACCCUGUGAGAUAAAGUACAGUGUGAUCGGACACCAUGAAACCCUGGAGGAGGAUGCCCCGUACAUCCUGAAGGAAGCUGGCAUAGACCACCUGGUGUCGUACCCCACCAUCCCCCCAGGCAUCACCUCGUACAACAGAACUAAAGUAGAACACUACUUCCUGGGCAUCAGCAAACGAGACAUCCGGCGCCUGUAUGCGCGUUUUGAAGGGGACUUUAAGCUCUUUGGGUAUCAGAAACCAGAUUUUUUGCUAAAUUAAUGCAUAGGGCCCUUGAAUUCUUGCUAGAUCAGGGUCUGAUGAGGUGGAGGUCUGAGCACAGCUAUGAGACUUUCUCCAUCAUCCCCAUAGUUCUGUGAACAGAUGGUGUUGGGCUCUGAUUAUCUGAGCUUGGCUGUCAGAUGCUCUGAGGCCCGCCAACCCCACCCCCUUGAAACUGUAUCAUUAGGUCACUAGCCAUCACUCCCAGGAGAGGUUAAGAAAGACUGUUUGCAGACUGGUGGGCAGACCCCGAGGAUACAGUGCUAGGAGCUGUUCCCUGUUUGUCACAUUGCCAUUAGCACUAGCAGCUAAGCAGUGGCUGGGUGGUGUCACCUGUGACCUGUGGAUUGCACAGACCCAGCACUUUCAAGAGAGACGGAGAUGCUGAAUGGUUGCAGAAGUUACUGGGGCCCAUGCAGACUCAAAUCUAAGUCAGAAGGAUGCCUCUUCCAUCUCGCCACAACUGUAGCCACAGACACAGAUCAUUUAUGUUCCUCAAGCGUGAGGCCCUGUGACAUUUGGUGGUGAUAGUCACAGAACCAUUUGAGCAGUCUGUCCUUUCAAGUUCCAGGCUAGCCCAUUUUUUUUCCAGGUCCUCUGACCCUAUAAGCAUCUGUUUCAUUCUGCAGAAGUGAUACCCUUCUGGCAAAUGAGGGGGGUAUGUAGGGACACCUUUGGGGACUUGGAACUUGGCACAGGGAAGAAAGAACUGGACGGUCCUGGGAACUCAGGCUGCUGUUGGAAUUGGGUGCCUUUGUCUUGGCUCCUGCUUUUAUCUUGGACUGCCCUUGGAGUGAGCAGCGGGAACUUUUCCACCUGUCUCCUCCAUGAACCCCGCUGUCCUAAAAGGAUACAAGUCCCUGCUGACAACAGGCAGGCACGUCAUGCCCGCAUUGCAGAAUCCAGUACUGUUUACACACUGCCAUGUCCACACAUGUCGACAGACAGGAUCCUCCAGCCCUGGUUCUAAUAGUGCCACCAUUCUGGACAGAAAGACCACGAGUCGGCUAACCAGAUUCAUCAGCAAUAAAAUCUCGGGUGAAGCCAGUUCUGGCAACAUGUCAUCCAGGCACUGAGGCCAGGCCCCGGCAAAAAGAAAGCCACAGCAGCCAUGUUGGCCGCCAACGAGCAGCAACGUGCUGCUCAAGAUGACAGAAUGGUCUCCCUGAGGGAGUCCCUGGCACACACAUCUGCCCAGGGUCCGGUGAAACUGUGCUAGCUUUUCCUAAAGGCCACAGUCCUCCUUGAGUCUCAGAAAGCCUUCCUGAACAUGUAAAUGUGAAAGUAAAAUAAAAUUUAAAAUAUGUGCCAAAUCUGACCAGUGGCGAGGGGGCUCCAGGGCCACAGUAGUUCCUGAGGGCUGCGGGCUGAGACCAGGGAUGGGGCUGUAGACUGGAAUGAGGCUCGGCCUUCCCUGGCCGACCGACAUGCCAAGAACGUGACAUUGGGUUAUUUUUAAUGAAGUUUUGGCAUUCAUAAAACCACUUCAGACCUGAACUGCUGGUCCAUGACCUCUUUCCUGCUCUUGACAGGCAACAGUGUUAGUAGCGUGUGUGUGGAGUUAAGGCCUUCAAGUUAGUCUUGAUUAAAGCGGCAUUUUCUUUCCUGUA